UGUACGUAUUUGUUGCCAAUCAAUAUAAACAUAACCUUGUUUCCUACAUACUGCUGCACCAUGCGAAUGCGUCUAAUACAAACUUUAUCGCGAUCAAAGAAGUUAUUAUGUGAAUAUUCUAAACCACGUACAAAUAAAAUUAUAACGUAUUCUUUAUUAAAACAAGUUAAGAAUUUUUCAACGAAUAACCAAAAAUGUAUUAAGCAUGAUGAUCAAAACCAGUCGCAUAACCUAUCCGGUUCAAUUAAUAUCACUCAUGAAGUUUUUGAAGACAAAAAUGCAGAAAUUAUCUACGACGUUAGUGAAGCACAAGAAACAAUUAAUUUAGAAGACUUAAGAAUUGAGAAGGAAGAUCAUGAUCCUUAUGAGGGUAUCAAUUUAGAACGUGGCAGAAUUGGAGUAUUUGAAAUAGAGGAUCUUGUAUUAUUACUACAAAAGGAAAAUGCUAAAAAUAUCUUUGUGGCUUUGGUACCUCCUGAAUUAUCAUAUGUUGAUUAUAUGGUUGUAGUUACAGGUAGAUCAAAUAAGCAUAUGCAUGCACUUGUUGAAUUUGUUCGUAAAGUAUAUAAAUUAAAAAGACAUAAGACAGAUUUGAUACCAAAGAUUGAAGGAAAAGAUUCAAAUCAUUGGAUAGCCUUAGAUCUAGGAAAUAUUGCAUUGCAUAUUUUUUCUAAAUCUGCUAGACCAUUAUAUGAUUUAGAAACACUGUGGUCAGUUGGUCCUGAUUAUGAUGAUAAGUGUAAAAGCGCAUCUGAAAAUAUUAUGGAACAAUACAAUGCAUUCCUGUCUGAUUUGGAACCUCUUGAAAAUGAUGAACAAAAUGAAGCUGUACAAGUUCAAAGUUCAUAACAAUUAUGUAAACAUUAUACAUUAUAGUACCAUUUUAUUGUAAAAAACUAAAUAAAUAGUAACACAUGAA